CCCCCGGGCCGGCCGCCGCCGCCGCUACUCGAGGCCGGGGAUUGGCAGUGCGCGUAGGCCGCGCCGCCGCCGCCGGAGCCGGAAUAAAGGGGCAGCCGAGAGAGCAACCGGACGCCACCCGCCCCGCGCCUGACCCCGCGGGCGGCCUGGAGCAGAACCAGUCCUCCGGGAAGGCAGAGCCUUUCUGGCAUUGCUGGCACCCUGCCUGGAAGAGCCCCCGGUCCUGCAGGCAGAGCCUUGUAAUCUAUCUUGGUUAAUGACUUGGGCUGUCUGACCAGUCCCUCUUCUGUGCCUUGCCUGAGGUUUUUGUCCGUCCCUGGUCCUAGGCAGCCUCUGUCUGGGUCGGAUCACCUUAAGUGGGAAACUGAAGCCAUUAUUCUCCAAGCCCUGUUUCAUCCUCGCAAGCAUGUCGGAAAGCUGGCAGCAGCCGCCACAGACGCAGCCACAGCAGCCGCAGCCACCGCAGCCGCAGCACCACGCCGAGCCCCCGCCGGCCCUGGCUGAGCACACACUGCCUCCAGGGUCAGCCGAGAACCCCCUGGGCUGCGCGGUCUAUGGCAUCCUCCUGCAGUCUGACCCAGGCCUCCAGCCCCCGCAGCACGCGCCCCUGCAGGCAGCCGGCGAGCCGGGCCCCAAGUGCGGUGUGUGCGGCCAUGACCUGGCGCACCUGUCCAGCCCGCACGAGCACCAGUGCCUGGCGGGCCACGACCGCUCGUUUCAGUGCACGCAGUGCCUCAAGAUCUUCCAUCAGGCUACCGACCUGCUGGAGCACCAGUGCGUGCAGGCCGAACAGAAGCCUUUCGUCUGUGGCGUCUGCAAGAUGGGCUUCUCGCUGCUCACCUCGCUGGCGCAGCACCACAGCGCGCACAGUGGCACCGGUGGCCUUGUGAAAUGUUCCAUCUGCGAGAAGACCUACAAGCCCACCGAGGCUGCCGAGCCCGCAGCCACGGCCGCCUCCUCGCUGCCUCCGGCCGCCGCGCCGCCCACGGUCACCCCCGCUGAACAGGCCGACAAGCCCUACAGCUGCUCCAUCUGCCAGAAGCCCUUCAAGCACCUGUCGGAGCUGUCGCGGCACGAGCGGAUCCACACGGGCGAGAAGCCGUACAAGUGCACGCUGUGUGACAAGAGCUUCAGCCAGUCAUCCCACCUCGUGCACCACAAGCGCACGCACAGCUCCGAGCGGCCGUACAAGUGCGCGGUGUGCGAGAAGACCUUCAAGCACCGCUCCCACCUGGUGCGCCACAUGUACGCGCACUCGGGCGAGCACCACCUGUUCCGCUGCAACGUGUGCGAGCUGCACUUCAAGGAGUCCUCGGAGCUGCUGCAGCACCCGUGCACGCCGAGCGGGGAGCGGCCCUUCCGCUGUGGCGAGUGCCAGAAGGCCUUCAAGCGGCCUUCGGACCUGCGGCAGCACGAGCGCACGCACAGCGCGGAGCGGCCCUUCAAGUGCGACCUGUGCCCCAUGGGCUUCAAGCAGCAGUAUGCGCUCAUGCGGCACCGGCGCACGCAUAAGACGGAGGAGCCCUUCAAGUGUGGCCUGUGCGAGAAGGGCUUCGGGCAGCCCAGCCACCUGCUCUACCACCAGCACGUGCACACCCUCGAGACCCUCUUCAAGUGCCCCGUGUGCCAGAAGGGCUUCGACCAGUCGGCCGAGCUGCUGCGGCACAAGUGCCUGCCGGGAGCAGCCGAGCGGCCCUUCAAGUGUCCCGUGUGCAACAAGGCCUACAAGCGGGCGUCGGCGCUGCAGAAGCACCAGCUGGCUCACUGCUCGGCGGCCGAGAAGCCCCUUCGCUGCACCCUGUGCGAGCGCCGCUUCUUCUCCUCCUCGGAGUUCGUGCAGCACCGCUGCGACCCAGCCCGCGAGAAGCCACUCAAGUGCCCGGACUGUGAGAAGCGCUUCAAGUACGCGUCCGACCUGCAGCGGCACCGGCGCGUGCACACGGGGGAGAAGCCCUACAAGUGCCCCAAUUGUGACAAGGCCUUCAAGCAGCGGGAGCAUCUCAACAAGCACCAGGGUGUGCACGCCCGCGAGCAGCAGUUCAAGUGCGUGUGGUGCGGCGAGCGCUUCCUGGACGUGGCCCUGCUGCAGGAGCACAGCGCGCAGCAUAGUGCGGCAGCGGCGGCUGCGGAGGGCGCCUACCAGGUAGCCGCCUGCCUGCCCUGAGUGCGCGCCUCGGCCCCCAUCCCGUUCCUCUCAGGCUCCUCACAAUGAGCCCAUCACUCGCCCUGGCCCGUGGUUGGAGGCCCUGGGCCCUGUGCCCUGAAUGACCCUGAGGACAGAGGGCACU